UUCGGGGCAAUGAUGGCUUCGGUGCGCAUACCGGAGCAAAAGAUCAUUCUGUGCGGCGAGUAUGGGGUGGGGAAAAGCUCCAUCUUCCGUCGAUUCGCAACGAACAACUUCGUAACAUCGACCGACCGGAAGUCUACCCUCGGGCUGGACCACUACGGUAGAACAUUCAACGUCGGGGACAAAGAGAUCAAGCUUCAACUAUGGGACACCGGUGGCAUGGAGCGGGUCGCUUCGGUUACUUCCAGCUACUACAAGUUUGCCGAAGCAGCGAUACUGGUGUUUGCGCUGGACAACGAAUCCUCCUUUCACGCCCUGUCUCAGCACAUGCUGGACGUGGUGACGUACGCGGAGAAUGCCAAAAUUUUUCUCGUAGGCAAUAAGGUAGACCUAGAAUCGUGCAGUAACGAUCCACCAGUCACGGAUGCGGACAUGGAAUCGUUUUGCGAACAGUGCCACAGUCUCAUUAGCGCUACGUACAAAACGUCCUGCAAAACGGGCGAAGGGCUGGAGGAAAUGUUUCGCGACAUCGCGAGCACGCUGGUCGAAUCGAACCGGUCGCGAUUGGAGUUGCAAGCACUGGAAAGCCACGGUUUCAAGAUACAUCCACCGGAUGAGGUGAACGAUCCUAGCUGCUUGUGCUAGUACAGUUUUAUUGAC